AUGGCCAACGACGCGGGCGCACCGCAGUACCACUUCGCCACGCAGUGCCCGACUGUGAGUGACCCCGCCCACACGGACCAGUAUGGCGCUUCUUCCAUGCCGAUCUACAUGACGGCGACAUUUAAGGGACUCCCAGGUGCAGAAUUUGACUACACGCGCUCUGGCAAUCCCACGCGAACAGUGCUGCAAAAUCACCUGAGCACAUUGCAAAAUGCGAAGCACACGUACACGGUGAGUACGGGUAUGGCAUGUAUGGAUAUUAUCUCGCGGUUUGUGCGCCCACAUGAGCGUGUCGUCGCGGGCAACGAUUUGUACGGCGGCACGAACCGAAUUCUAGGCAUUCUGCGUGCGGACAACGACGUUGUAGUCGACCAUGUGGACACGACGAAUGCGACUGUAUUUGAAAACCAUAUUCGCACGUGUGCAGAGGAGCAUGCACUAGGAAAGAGCGGAAGGGUCGCCAUGGUCCUGCUCGAGUCGCCGACGAACCCACUGCUGCAAAUAUGCGAUCUUGCGCUUUUUGUGCGGCUUGUGCGCACGCAUAUCCCAGAGGCACUGGUUGUUGUGGACAAUACCAUGCUUUCUCCGUAUCUCAUGCGCCCGCUCGAGUUUGGCGUCGACAUUGUGUACGAUUCUGCGACGAAAUAUUUGUCCGGCCACCACGACAUCAUGGCCGGCAUCCUUGCGUGCAACCGCGACGAUUUGGCACAGCGCAUCUAUUUCUUCAUCAACUCGGUCGGGAAUGCCCUUGCGCCGAUGGAUAGUUUUUUGCUACUGCGUGGCGUCAAGACGCUUGCGCUGCGUAUGGACAAACAGCAGGAAAAUGCAAUGCAGAUCGCGCACUUUUUGGACGGCCUCGGUUUCCGCGUGCACUUUCCUGGCCUCCGCUCGCAUCCUGGGUAUGCGGCGCAUAACCGAAAUGCCAAGGGCCCCGGCAGCGUGAUGAGUUUUGAGACGGGCGACCGGGAUCUUUCUCUGCGCGUCACGGCAUCCACAAAGCUGUGGGGCGUGAGCGUUAGCUUUGGGUGUGUCAACAGUUUAAUUAGCAUGCCUGCGCUCAUGUCGCACGCUAGUAUCGACGCCAAGGUGCGCGCGGAGCGUGGCCUGCCCGAAAACUUGAUCCGUCUCUGCACAGGCAUCGAGGAUGUGCACGAUCUGCUCGCGGACCUAACCCAAGCGCUGCUCACCGCCGGCGCGAUCCGCCAAAAGCUCGCGCCCGACGGGAUGGUAGAGUAUGAGCGUGGGCCGGUACAGGAUGAGAUGGAGACGCUCCGCGCACAACUACGCGCAGCGUCACCUCAAAAACCCAGCGCGACGGUGCCAGCGUCCCUGACCGUGAGCGCGCCCGGGAAGGUCAUUCUGUUUGGCGAGCACGCGGUGGUGCAUGGCGUCACGGCCAUUGCUGCAGCAACUGCGCUGCGCUGCUACGCACACGUUGAUCCGCGCGCAGACGCAUCCGUGAGCCUGCGACUCACCGAUAUAGACUUGCAAGCCACAUGGGAGCGCAGCGCCCUUCCUUGGGAGCUCGUCACGCACACGUCUCCGAGCCAACCGCCGCACGAGCUCGAGCCGCGGCUGAUGGAAGCACUUGAUGUGCUGCUCGCGCAGCGCUUUGCCAAAGGCGACAAACGCCGCGCUGCGUGCGGAGCGUUCCUUUACCUCUACAUGCAUCUCGCCCGCCCCGACGCCAAACACGGCCAAACCUUUGUGCUCCGCUCCUCUUUGCCCAUUGGAGCGGGGCUCGGCAGCAGCGCGGCGGUAAGUGUGUGCCUUGCGUCCCUGCUCCUCUACACGCACGGGCUCGUGCCGUUGCCUACAGACCCCGAAGCAUCGCUGCCCAAUGCCCACGUCGACGUGGUCAACGGCUGGGCAUUCCUCGGCGAAAAAGUGAUGCACGGCGAGCCGUCGGGGGUGGACAAUACAGUUGCGAGUUAUGGUGGCGCCAUUGCAUUCACACGCGCACUGCCGACCAAUACGCUUUCUGAAAACAGGCUCAAGCCCAUCAAAGGUUUUGACGCGCUCCGUCUCCUGAUCACCGAUACGCGCGUUCCCCGCAAUACCAAAGGGCUAGUUGCAAGCGUCGGCGAGCAAAAAGCACAGGACCCUGAGCGUGUCCAGGCAGCGUUCGAUACUGUCCAAAUAAUCGCCGACGAGGCGCAGCAGCUCUUGGACCCUCCGCGCGGGCCCGCAGCGACGCGCGAAACGGUGCUCGCGCGCUUGGGGCGCCUGAUGGAUAUGAAUCACUUGCAGCUUGUGCAGCUCCGUGUCGGACACCCCGCGCUGGAAACAGUACGCAAAGCAUGUGCGGUUCCGCAUGCCUUGCACACAAAACUAACCGGCGGCGGCGGCGGCGGCUGUGCCAUCACGUUGCUGCGGGAUAAUCUAAGCGCAGAUGAACUCAAUGUACUAUUACAGACGCUUGCUACGCAUGGGUUCACUACCUACGAAACCAGUGUGGGAGGCCCCGGCAUGGGUGUCCUCGUCCAUCCUUCUUCCCACAGCGCCUUGCAUGCUGCGCAGUGGGCCGACGCGCCGGCUGACCAGCUGGCCACGUGGGCCAGUGCUAGUGGCACGUGGGCAUUUGCAUAA